AUGGCGCCCUCAUGGUCCACAAAGGCCGAGAAAGCGCCCCUCCUGCCUCUCACCGCCCAAGACCAACCGACCGCCGCCAAACGGACGGUCACCAUCUACCUCAGCCGUGCUCUCAUCGGCGAGAUCGAACACGCGCUCGACGUCGACAUCGAUGACAAGGCAAUCGAGAUAGCCGCCCCGUCUCGCCCUCGUGACUCGACACGCCGAACGUCCGGCAAAAUGUUCGUCCUCUCCGCUCCUGAGCCUGUCGACGAAUCGUCCAUCACGGAACACGUCCUUCUCGCCAUCAGCUUCUGCGUCAUUCUGCUCGCGGGCGUCUGGGCAACCGCCGUCGCUCUGACCCUCGCCCUUGACUUGCCCGUGGACAUCUUCGGCGAUGACUUCCUCGGAUUCACCUUCCUUCUUGGCAGCGUCAUGGCUGCGUGUUUCGCCUUGAUUGCCAUUAAGAAAGCAAACGGCGAGCCUGUUACGCCGUUCUUGAUGUGGAGUGCUUUUCGUGAAGUUGGCAGGGUGCUGGUGUCGAUUGGGGGUCUGCUGGUGGCGGUGGCGGUUACUGGUCAGCUCAUUGUGGACUCAGUGUUGAUGCCUGUCGUCUCCAAGCUGGUGCUGUGA